CAUAGCCUAAGCCUAGGCCAAAGCCUAAGCCUACUACUAUCUCUCUUCAGAACUUCACUGGCUACUCCCUUCGAUUACUUGACUCUCUUUUCAAUUGUGACUUACUAUUACCAACCUACUUAUCGAACUUAACUGGUUGUUUCAUCCCUGGAGGAAGAGAACAAGUCAGAGGUGUCGGUCUCACUUUCAUUGAGUGACCCCUCUCUGGUUUAUACACACUCUCUCCACUUCACUCCACCUUCAUUAGCCGCCCAUCGGCCCGUCAAUCAAUCAUCAACCCCCAACCCCACUCCGAUCAACAUGUUUCCUCCAUCCUCGUUGGCGCUGCCACGAGAAGCUCCUCCUGUGAGACCGUCUCGGUCCUUGGAAGGAUUGGAACAAGUCAUCCCUCCUCGAAUCCCUCAGCCGCCGUCUGUUCGCCCAACCUUGCUAUUAGAUAAACCGCUCCCCGAGCUGCCCGCCAAACCUCUACCGGAGGCUCCCUCAAUCAUGGAUGCUGGUUCAACCGCCUGGAGCGACGACAGCAGUAUGGUUUCCAGUUACUAUGGCAGCCGACGGUUUUCCGAAGUGUCUACCACCGAGAGCUACCCCGUAUUUGUUCGCUCAGGGUCCGAUGAUCUGACCGAACUAGUCGAUCAUCCUCCCGCCUCCGCCCCCAUUGAUCACUAUGGGGACUCUAAACCGCUGGCAAUUACCGCCACCUUCUUACACGAUGAUCAUGUCGACCGACCAGCCCCUUGGACCGUCAAGCGAGCUGGUCCUAAUCACUAUUUCCGCGAGAAGAAAUGGGACUUCUUCCCAGAACUCGCGCCUCAAUCCGCCCUACCUUCCUGUACCACCAACCAUGCCGCUGCUUCUCGGAAGAAGAGCAGUAGUCGGUUGAACCUCGCGGUCUUCGACUUCUCCAAGUCCUGCGGUCGCUGGAGCUCGUCCGACAAAGGGGGACGCGCUCUUGCGCAUGAUGUUCGAGACUCGAUUCGAUCUUACGUGCAACGCCGCUUGUCCAAACAUUCGGUAGACCGCGACACUGCCCGGCCGAGCUCGCGGCCAGACUCGCGACCCGACACAGUAUCUUCGGACUAUACGCGCAACCAAACACCAUCGAUUGAGUGGACGCUGUCGAAAGAACGUACCGAUGUAGUGAGCCCUCUAAUGCCGCCCAGUCCCGUGGACUUUCCCAUCUCAGGCAAGCGGCUGUCCGGAGCGUCAUCACGAUCCUCACGAUCGACGGUCAGCGCUCGAGUGAAACGCCCGCCCCCUCUUACCCUGCGGAAAAAGCAGCUCGCUGGUCCUCUCAGCCCUUAUCCGAAACAUGGGGCUUCCCCGUGGGAAAAGCCGGGCCGCGAGAAGCGCGUGAGCUAUCGGCAAAACCGCCAGGUGCGGUUUCCGAAGUAUGCAAAGAGGAGCCCGCCAACACCGAAAGGGUUCAUCUCGUCGGCCACGCCUCCUCUGACACCUCCGGCCCGCUCCCAGAUCCAGCAGAACACUCGGGACUACGUCAAGGCGUUCCACAAUGGAACCUCCCACCUGCUGGGAGCUAUCGGUGGGGCUCGAAAGAAGAUCACUGGGGCCAAGCUUGAGCGACGACACUCGCAGCUGAAGUCACAAAUCCGACUCAUUGGCCCUGUGAGUCCAUAUAACACCCAGGGACAGACUGAUCCAUGGGUAUAAGCCUGGGCAGUCACUCGCUUCCUAUUCACUCUAUAUUCUUUUACCAUAUUUGAUGUGUGUGGUCAACACUAUAUUUCGUGGUUUAGUGUUCAUAUUAGCGUGCUUCUUGCCCUCAUUCUUCUUAUAUUUCACAUCUGUUGUUUAUACUUGAUAUCCCGUUGGCACUCUGCAGGUUCUAUGUCAGGCGUUGUGGUUUCGUGCUAAGCGAACUCUAAGAAUGUUAGUUUAUAGUCAUGGGCCGGGC